AUGAUGGCAUCCCAAGCGGUGUCUAUGGAGGACCUCCACGAGGCCGAUCAGAUGCAAGUUGUGGCCCAGGCGGAGGGAGGUUCGGAGCAGAGGUUGGUGGAAGGGAACGCGGCAGAGGCAAGCAGUCCCGGCCCCGCAGAACCGCUGACGCCCAUGGAGGCAGACAAAGCCGCUAUCUAUAGGCACCCUCUGUUCCCUCUCCUGGCUCUGCUGUUUGAGAAGUGUGAACAGUCUACCCAGGGUUCGGAGUGUGUCACGUCUGCCAGCUUUGAUGUGGACAUCGAGAACUUUGUGCGCAGCCAGAAGAAGGAGGGCAAGCCCUUUUUCAGCGACGACCCCGAUCUGGACAACCUGAUGGUCAAGGCGAUUCAGGUGUUGCGUAUUCAUCUGCUGGAGCUGGAGAAAGUGAAUGACCUGUGUAAGGAUUUCUGUAGCCGUUAUAUCGCCUGUCUCAAGACCAAGAUGAACAGUGAGACUCUCCUGAGUGGAGAGCCAGGCAGCCCGUACUCACCGACGCAGACACAGACGUCGAGUUCCCUCACCGGGACUCUCAGUCCUCAAGGAAUUGUGGUGCCAGCAUCUGCCCUGCAGCAGGGCAAAGUUACCGUGGCAACCGUCAAUCCUGCCCAAGUGGUGGCAGGUGGCACAGUGUACCAGCCAGUCACAGUGGUUACCCCACAAGGUCAGGUUGUAACACAAGCCCUCUCCCCUGGAACAAUACGGAUCCAGAACUCACAGCUCCAGCUCCAGCUGAAUCAGGAUGUGAGUUUCUUCAGUCAAGAUGAUAGCUCUUCCAAAAACAAAAGGGGCAUCCUCCCCAAACACGCCACCAACGUCAUGCGAUCCUGGCUCUUCCAACACAUCGGGCACCCCUACCCCACAGAGGAUGAGAAAAAACAGAUUGCCAUGCAGACAAACUUGACUCUGCUACAAGUCAACAACUGGUUCAUUAAUGCGCGGAGGCGGAUCCUGCAGCCCAUGCUGGACGCCAGCUCCUCGGACCUCCCCAAAAGCAAGAAGAAAACUCCUCAGUCCCGACUGCUUCAGCGCUUCUGGCCCGACUCUCUCGCAUCUGGCGUCUCCCAGCAACAGGUUACCAUGGCAGAUGGUACGGUUUACAGUACCAUGGUAACAGUGGGCGUGAGCGAGGAUGGUCUGCAGACGCUCUCGUCAGACGGAGCCACGUUGGCCGUGCAGCAGGUGAUGCUGGGAACGCACAGCGAAGAUGAGUCUGGAGAAUCCAACGAGGAAGAUGACGAUCUGUCCAACUCCAACAUGGCCAGGCUGGGCCUGGAUACCAGCGACUCCCUGCAGUAGGACUGGCUCUCUACCCA